AUGGAACAGACAUCGGUUCCGCGAACAGCUUUCGGCGACGAUGGCUGCACGUCACGGAUGAAGCGGGAGCUGGUCGAGUAUUCCCGCGACCUGGUGGCUACCUUCCAGCCACGGGAGCCCAUGCGCAAGCGGGGAGUGGCAAACAAGCACGGGAGGGUGAAGGCGAGACCGCAUGUGGCAGUGGUUGGCGCCGGCUUUGCCGGCCUCCGAUGCGCCGAGGUGCUCAUCCAGGGCGGAGCCAAGGUCACUGUCGCGGAGGCGCGAGACAGAUUUGGCGGACGGGCUCACCAAUGCAGCCUGUCCGGACAGACCUUUGACAUGGGCCCGAACUGGAUACACGGUAGUGACGACAACCCAAUCGUCAGGCUCUCAAACGCGACCGGCACCACUCUCUCCAAAAUGGGCCAAGACAUGCUUCUCUACGAUGACCAGGGGCGUAUCGUUUCGGAUGAGGCCUCAAACGUCGUCCUCAAAACGGUCUGGGCCCUUCUUGAGGAAGCAUUCUUGUACAGUAACCGAAACUCGGAGCAGAUCGAUCCUGACCUGAACCUCGAGGACUUCUUCCGCGACAAACUCGACAAAGGAUCACUCGCUCCUGGGAUCCAGCGCCAGGUGUUGAUGAUGGCCAACAUUUGGGGUUCCUUUAUUGGUGACUAUUGGGGCAAGCAGAGCGUCAAGUGGCUUUGGAUGGAGGAAUCUCUCCACGGCAAGGACAUGCACGUGUCUGGAUGCCACGGCAAGGUUGUCCAGCACCUUGCCGCCAAGGUCAUGGCUAGCGCCGAUGUACAUCUCUCGACCAAGGUCAAAUCUGUCGAGAGCAUCGUCAAGAAAGGUAAGGAUCCCAGGAUUCUGUUGACCACCGAGAGAGGACUACGCCUCAGGUUUGACGAGGUCGUCGUCACGGUUCCGCUUGGCUGCCUGAAGCGGCACAAGCCCUUCUUCAAGCCUCCGCUGCCUGCCCAGAUCUGCCAAAGCAUCGCAAACAUGACCUACAGCAGCCUGGAGAAAGUCUACAUCACCUUCCCCUCGGCCUUCUGGGAGCCCUCCCCGCCGGCGGACACAGCAGAGGCUGCCCAUGGCGGGCAGAGCAGCGGCAGCGACACCAAGACCACAGACGGCCGCUCAGGCUCCCUGCCCAGCUUCAUCCUCUUCCCCGACGCGGCCGGCUACGUGGAGACGUGGCGGCGCGGGUGGACGGUGGAGCUGGUGCCGCUCUCGUCGCGCGCCGUCUUCGGCGCGGCCGCGCGGCCGACGCUCCUCUUCGUCACGCACGACCCCUGCGCCGCGCAGCUGUGCGACCAGGUUCGCCACCUGCACGCUACCAGCCCGGAGCGCUUCCGGGUCCUCGACGGCUUCUUCCGCCCCUACUACAGCCGCCUGCCGGGCUACCGGCGCGCCGACUCCCGCUGCGCGCCGUCCGCCAUCGUCGCCACUGACUGGCACGGCGACGACCUGGCCGGCAACGGGUCCUUUACCAACUUUAAGACGACGACUCCCCCCUCGCCGUCCCCAUCCCCGUCACCGUCCCCGCCCGCUGACGACCCCGCCGGCGUCGGCGGCUGGAGCUGGGGGCUUUUUGCGAACCCCGGGCGCGAGGAGCCGCGCCGCGGCGGCGAGGCGGUGGCGGCGGCGGCGGGGCCCCGGCGGGCGGACGAGGACGUGAGGGCGCUGCGCGCCGGCGUGCCCGAGAGCGGCGUCUGGUUCGCGGGCGAGCACGUCGCGCCCUUUGCGGCCCUGGGCACGACGGCCGGCGCCUACUGGAGUGGCGAGGCGGCCGCCGCGCGGGUUCUAGCUGCCAACGGGCUGAGCGUGACGGGAGGGACGGGGUAG